AUGUCAGAGAGAGGGAUGAAAGCUUCUGGAGAGAGAGAAGGAGAGAGAGAGAGAGAGAGAGAGAGAUUAACAAGGAGUAAGAGGCAGCAGGCGCAGUAGCAGACUCCUAUAUCCGCCAGACGAGGACGGACGGUGCCAGCUGCUAGCUCAGUUAGCAAUAGUUGACAGUUAGCAACUAGCUUCAGAGUCCUAGCGCCUUGAUCACAUAUGAGGGACUGAGGAAGUGUGUGUCUGUGUAUGACAGCGUGCGUGACUGUGUGCGUGUCGACGCUUUAAGCCGUCCCUAAGUCACUCCGUGUGUUUGUGUGUAGCCUACCUGUGUGUGCGCGCGAGAGUUUGUGUACAUAUACACCCCCUAUCUCCUCCCUCUUCAGAGCUGCAGUGUGUCUGUGUUUGUGUGUGCAAAGGAGAAGACACACGUAUAAACACACUCUGAUAGCCGACAGUUUACACUCGGUGUCCUGUUACAGCGGAUUCACAGCGUUUACUGUCACCGACACAGCUCCAGCAUGAUGUUGAGGUACUCUGUAGUCCGAGGAGGACUCGGCCUGUUGGCCCUGAGGAGAACAUGCGUUGUCUCCCGCUUUACCCACACGUCCCCUCAGAGCGACUAUCGACAGAUCAAGAAAGUCAUGGUGGCCAACAGAGGGGAGAUUGCUAUUCGUGUUUUCAGAGCCUGCACAGAACUGGGGAUCAGAACUGUCGCUGUGUACUCCGAGCAAGACACCGGACAAAUGCACAGGCAGAAGGCAGACGAGGCCUACCUGAUCGGAAAAGGUCUGCCACCUGUCGCAGCAUACCUGCACAUUCCUGACAUCAUCAAAGUAGCGAAGGACAAUAAUGUGGACGCCAUCCACCCAGGCUACGGCUUCCUCUCUGAGCGCUCAGACUUUGCACAGGCCUGCGUGGAUGCAGGAGUCAUGUUUAUUGGACCAACCCCAGAAACUGUGCGCAAAAUGGGAGACAAGGUGGAGGCUCGCUCCCUGGCCAUCAGCGCAGGAGUACCUGUGGUCCCAGGAACAGAUGCCCCCAUCUCCUGCCUUCAGGAGGCGCAGGGUUUCGCCCAAACAUACGGCUUUCCCAUCAUCUUCAAAGCAGCCUACGGAGGAGGUGGUCGCGGCAUGAGGGUGGUCAGAGAGUACGAGGAACUGGAGGAGAAUUACCAGCGGGCCUACUCGGAGGCCCUGACAGCUUUUGGGAACGGAGCCCUGUUUGUUGAGAAGUUUAUUGAAAAGCCAAGACACAUUGAAGUGCAGAUCCUGGGCGAUAAAUUCGGUAAUGUCAUCCACCUCUACGAGAGAGACUGCUCCAUUCAGCGCAGACACCAAAAGGUCGUGGAGAUUGCACCUGCAUUCCAGCUGGACCCUCACCUGAGAGACCGACUUCACGCUGAUGCCGUCACCCUCGCCAAACAGGUGGGCUACGAGAACGCCGGCACUGUGGAGUUCCUUGUGGACAGACACGGCAAACACUACUUCAUCGAAGUCAACUCCAGACUCCAAGUCGAACACACGGUCACUGAAGAAAUCACUGAUGUGGACUUGGUGCAUGCCCAGCUGCAUGUGUGUGAGGGCCGCAGCCUGCCAGAGCUAAACCUCAAACAAGACAAGAUCAGGGUCAAUGGCUGUGCCAUCCAGUGCAGAGUGACUACCGAGGACCCGGCCAGAGGCUUCCAACCAGACACCGGAAGGAUUGAGGUCUUCCGCAGCGGCGAAGGCAUGGGCAUCCGUCUGGACAGUGCCUCCGCCUUCCAGGGUGCUGUCAUCUCACCCCACUAUGACUCCCUCCUGGUGAAAGUCAUCGCCAGCGGGAAGGACCUGCCGACAGCGGCCUCCAAGAUGAGCCGAGCGCUGGCCGAGUUCAGAGUGCGGGGUGUCAAGACCAACAUCCCGUUCCUCCAGAAUGUUUUCUCCAACCACCAGUUCCUCCACUCCACCGUGGACACGCAGUUCAUCGACGAGAACCCAGAUCUUUUCAACCUCAAACCGACGCAGAACAGAGCCCAGAAACUCCUGCAUUACCUGGGUCAUGUGAUGGUGAAUGGACCAACCACCCCCAUCCCAGUAAAGGCUAAGCCCUCCUCCAUAGACCCCGUCAUUCCUCCUGUCACCAUGGGCGACCCUCCCAUUGGUUUCCGUGACGUGUUGCUGCGUGACGGUCCAGAGGGGUUCGCCAAGGCCGUCCGUGCCCAAAAAGGCCUGUUGCUCAUGGACACCACCUUCAGAGAUGCCCAUCAGUCCCUCCUGGCCACAAGGGUCCGCACCCACGACCUGAAGAUGAUCUCUCCAUUCGUUAGCCACAACUUCAGUAACCUUUACAGCCUGGAGAACUGGGGAGGUGCUACCUUUGAUGUGGCCAUGCGCUUCCUGUCAGAGUGUCCAUGGAAGAGACUCCAGGAGCUCAGAGCUUUGAUCCCAAACGUCCCCUUCCAGAUGCUGCUGAGAGGGGCCAACGCCGUGGGCUACACAAACUACCCUGACAACGCUGUCUUUAAGUUCUGUGAGGUGGCAAAGGAGAAUGGCAUGGACAUCUUCCGUGUGUUUGACUCCCUGAACUAUGUUCCCAACAUGCUGCUGGGCAUGGAGGCUGCUGGAGCGGCAGGUGGCGUCGUGGAGGCCGCCAUCUCGUACACAGGCGACGUCUCUGACCCGAUGAGGCAGAAGUACUCGUUGGACUACUAUCUGAAACUGGCAGAUGAGCUCGUCAAAGCCGGGACGCACAUCCUGUGUAUCAAGGAUAUGGCCGGGCUGCUGAAACCAGAGGCCAGCAAGCUUCUAAUCGGCGCCCUGAGAGACCGUUUCCCGGAUCUACCCAUCCAUGUGCACACACACGACACAGCUGGAGCCGGUGUAGCUGCCAUGCUUGCCUGUGCAGAGGCUGGAGCUGACGUAGUGGAUGUGGCUGUCGACUCCAUGGCGGGUAUGACCUCCCAGCCAAGCAUGGGAGCCAUUGUGGCCUGCACCAAAGGGACCAAGCUGGACACCGGCAUCGCUCUGGAGAAGGUGUUUGACUACAGUGAAUACUGGGAAGUAGCCAGAGGCCUGUACGCUCCAUUCGACUGCACGGCCACCAUGAAAUCUGGCAACGCUGAUGUCUAUGAGAAUGAGAUACCCGGAGGACAGUACACCAACCUUCACUUCCAGGCUCACAGCAUGGGGUUGGGAAAUAAGUUCAAGGAGGUGAAGAAGGCGUACACUGAAGCCAACAAACUGCUGGGAGACCUCAUUAAGGUGACUCCCUCCUCUAAGAUCGUGGGUGACUUGGCCCAGUUCAUGGUGCAGAACGAUCUGGGCAGAGCUGAAGUGGAGGAGAGGGCGGAUGAGCUGUCUUUCCCCCUGUCUGUGGUCGAGUUCCUGCAGGGAUACAUCGGAAUACCUCAUGGAGGUUUCCCAGAGCCCUUCAGAUCUAAGGUGCUGAAGAACCUCAACCGUAUUGAGGGUCGCCCUGGCGCCUCUCUGCCAGCGAUGGACUUCAAGGCCCUGGAGGAGGGGCUGAGAGCUGCUCACGGGGAAGAGAUCACCCCUGAGGAUGUGAUGUCAGCAGCCAUGUACCCAAAAGUGUUCCAGGAGUUCAAGGAAUUUACUUCUAACUUUGGUCCAGUGGAUUGUCUCAACACCAGACUGUUCCUGGAUGGACCCAAGAUCGCAGAGGAGUUUGAGGUGGAGCUGGAGAGAGGGAAAACGCUGCACAUCAAGGCACUGGCCCUGGGUGACCUGAACAAGGCCGGCCAGAGAGAGGUCUUCUUUGAGCUGAAUGGACAGCUGAGAUCUGUGCUGGUUAAAGACACAGUCGCCAUGAAGGAAAUGAAGUUCCACCCCAAGGCUCAGAAGUCUAUCAAGGGACAGGUCGGAGCGCCCAUGCCUGGAAAAGUCCUGGAGGUCAAAGUGGAAGUCGGAUCUAAGGUGGAGAAGGGUCAGCCUCUGUGUGUCCUCUCGGCCAUGAAGAUGGAGACAGUGGUCAACUCUCCUUUGUCGGGAACAGUAAAGGCAAUCCAUGUGACGACUGACUCCUCCCUGGAGGGAGACGACCUGAUCCUGGAAAUCGAGGAGUAGAGUCAGAGGGCAGAGGGAGGGAGGGUAAUGAGAAGUAGUAGUGACAAUCGGAUUGUGGACAUGUUGAGGUGGAGGAACGGGGGAUUUAAAACCAGGAAUCUCUUUCUUAAAGGUGAAUCUCAGCUGUGGCAGUGCUGUGGGAAAUUUGCUCCAAUUUGUACUACAGAGUGUUUGAUUACACUGGCGACUAAAAUGAAAAGCAGAUGAUAUCAAAAUCCUGAAUAAUUUAUUAAUAUGAUAAAAUUCCUUAUAGAAUUGUUCCACCAAUGACCUCCAUUUAACCAUCUUGUGAGCAACGUAUUCUGUAGGUGUGACGAGGUCAAAGGACGGUACAUUGAGUACAUCUUUUAAUGUCCCGUCAGGCUUUUGAAGAUUAGUAGAAAAACACUUUAUAUCUGAAUUGUGGUUCAUUCCAUUUCUAACUAGCUAGUCUUAAAUGUGAUGUACUAGAAAAUGAGCUAUAACACUAACAGGGUUCUAAUAUUUACUUGCAAUUCAAAGCCACAAUUUCCAUUUCUAUGCUGUUGAUGUUACCUAAUAUAUUCAAACUGAGUAGGUAAUCUUUAUUUUGAUGACUACUUAUUGUCUUUGUAAUCAGCGAGGUUAGGCAGAGAGGAUUAGACUCACGGAUGUUUUAUCAAAUGUUUUUUUUUUCAUACAAAAACAAUAUUUUUUUUCUUGCCUUAGCAAUACAUGAUCAGUCUCUGACAUUAGUCACAGAGCGUUCUCAGAAUGUUUAAUCACUGGUUGGACUGGUCACUUUUUUUUAGGUGAGGAAUUGUUCUUUUGAAAUCACAGUGAAGUCAAGUCAGGAUUGAAAGGAAAAAAAUCACAAUAUAUCCACACUGAUUCAGUUUUUUGUAUUAGAAAAUAUUUCCACAAUAAGUAAAGCACAACAACGCAAGUAGCACCAUUUUGGGUUGAUUGGGACACAAAGUUUACCUGCCAGACAUGUCCGGGUUGCACCAAGAUGAAAAUGUGUUCUCUUACUGUAUCAGUAAUACAAGAAGGUUUAUUUUUUGAAAGAUCUGUACUGGUGUUGAAAAUGUUUCUCAUUCACACCUGCCUUCAUAAUCCCAAAGCAUAAGCUCCUUGUAGACACAUUGUUGAGAUGAAGCUGUAGGCCAUGUUGGAAACACCCAAAGAACGGGAUUAGAGAUGUCUUUUUAAGGAUACCUCUGUUACAGUUAGUUUAAAUGCAGCUCUCUUAAUUCGAAGCUUGCUGUAGGUUGGCCCAGUUUUAUCUGAUGUACCAUUUACAAGGUGUAAAGCCUUUUUAAUGUCACCUUUUAUAUAGUGUGAUGUUGGAAAAGUUGUCAGAGGAGCGGUUCCAGUCUGUCUUUUCAGCACCAGGCAAAGAUUCGGGUAAAUGGUCCUCUGUCUGCAUGGGGAUUUUAGUGCUAGGUGUAAAUGGGAUUACAUGGUGGUGUAAUGGAAGCAUGUGGUGUUAUUUUCUGAGGCUCAGCUGAUUAAUUUAUGAAUUAAUUCUCUGUCAAAUGAUGUGAAAUUAGCCGGACUAAUAAGAGACUCUGGAGACUCCCAGUAGCAGCACUCGGCUUUAUAUUUCUAAUGCGUGUGUGUGAGUUUGCAUAAAUGAGCCUUAAUGUCUAGGAGUGUGUGUGCAAGCGAAUUUUAAGACAAAGUUAGCCAGGCGCUAUAAUGUUGCACCUCCAGAGCCAAAAAAAUAAAAAAAUAAAAACACAUUUUAAAUGAAAGGAAUUAUUCAUACACACACAUACACCCAAGAAAAUAUUCACGCAAACACUCCCAGCCUUUGAGUGCUGCCUGGAUCAAAACCAACCAAAUACAUAGCACAUUGGUGUUGAUAUGUCUCCAUGGUAAAACUAUCAUAAUAAUUUAAAAACCACUCUCAGCGGUCGGACCAUGUAGCUAAAUACUGAACAAAACUUUCAAGAUCUAACUUUGUUCAACCCACUUCAGCUCUACUGUCAGCGGCUGGCCUUUUAUUUGUUAAACCUUUCCUAAUUGAAUGUUCAGCACCCUGACCAGAGAAAGUAGAACAAGCAGAAGAAAGUAAGAUCACAUAUCUAAUACAGUCGACAGAACGUGUCACAGUCUGCUUGUACUACAGUGAAGCAUGCAGUGGGACAGUGAGCCAGAACUGACUUUACAACAGCUUACAAAACGUCUGUGCAUCCUCAGCAGACAGCAUCGAUACAAGCACAAAUUUGAAUCAUCAGUUUAUCACUUGACAGGAUUCUUUCCUGCGUUUUUGCUCCAUUACCUUUUGAGCUAUGCAUCGAUACCGGGCGGUGAUGCCAUAGAUAAUUAGAGCAGUGAUACUUCACCUCACUCUCCCUGGCACACUGCCAUGCCUCAGUGUACCUCCUGGCUUUGUCUUUCUGUGUUUGAAAUCUGUUGACAGUGAUGGAGACAAGUGAGAAUAUUUGACUAGCUGUUGCACAAUAAUGUAAAGCUCUAACCUCCUCUCUUGGACUCUCUUCCCUUGCUUUAUCUAUCCAUCCAUCCAACCACCUUUUCAUCAUGUUUUCCUCUCCAUCCUGCUCUCCCUUCUCCUUGUGUAAAUUUGCACAUGAUGGCAUCAAAUCAUGCAAUAUUGUAAAGUGAACUGCAGUAUUUCUUUAUGUCUUAGCCAGCGGUGAUUCAAAAAACAAUGCUUAGAAAAAUGUACAACUGUUCAGUGUCUGUGGAAAAAAUAAAUUGGGGAAAAAAAAUCAGCUGAGAAAUGUUAUUUGUUUCAGAAAGGAGGAUAUAUAUCAUUGACCUAUUCAGCAGCUCAUGUUAUCAAACAAUGAAGUGUCUCUCAGAGUAUGAAAAUAGUCUGUGACAUUUUCUAUUUGCUUUCUCCUGCAUAUCAUUGUGUUAUUACUGAUCCUACCAGACCACUGUUUAUUCUGCUUGACCGCCUGCAGAUUCAUCAUGGAAUUCAUAUGACAGAAGUCUGGACUUUUCUUUUAUCUCUGUUUUCUAAAUAACCUUUAGUCUAAGUACACUUUCAUGUAAAUUCCUCUAAUUAACUGAAAUAGUUUACAUCUCCUCAAGGUUCUAAUCAUGCUGUAGUACUAGUGAGCUGGAGCGCACAUAAAGGGACACAAAUAUGAUCAAACCAUGAUAUAAUUGUUCUUGCUCUAUCUGUGCUUACAAAUAAAGUGAACUCUAACUGAA